AUGCAAGGGAUCCCGAUGCAUAGCGACGCCUUGAAGGCUUGUGGUAUUUCACAAAGGUUCUUUGAUGUGGGCCUGAUCACGCCAUCUGCGCAGAAGAGACUUGCUGGCAACUCCUUCCAGCAAGGAUGUAUGUCUGCCUUCAUUUGCUUUGCAUUGUCCUUCGUGAAGCCCGCUGCGGACCUUGACGAGGCAGAGAAACAGGCAGCCCAUGCAGCCAUGCGCCAGGCUUCUUCUCAGGGCCCGGACCAUCACUUUUUGGACGAAGAGGCACCUGAUGCAGCCGCAAAGGCUGCAGUUGUUGCGGCAGCACCAGCGGUCGAUGCUGCUGAGAUGAUCACAUGCAUAGUGUGUUUGCACCUCUUUUGCAUGAACGACUUUCCUUCAAAGAAGUCCACGAGAUAUGCAGGUCACUGCCCCAAAUGCAGUCUCCAGCUGCGUGGGAUUCUGAAUGCCAGCAAGGGAAGUCUGCCUACUACUUCCGCUGCUGAUGAAGCUGCUGGUUGUAGUGAGAUGUCGGGGGCGGGUGAUGACACCUCAAAAUACCUACAGAAUUUAGCAAAGGAAGAUCCUGAAAAGUAUAGGCAGAUCUUCAAAGAGUAUGGAGAGUCGGGAUCUGCAGCCGGAAAGCGUGGACGUGGAAACCAGCGUCAGCCUUUCAAUCCGCGCACAGAGAUGAUCGAGAUCUACAACCCCAAGACGGGCAAGAAUGAGAAACAUCAACAUGUUUGGGUUCAGACCUCUAUCAGCAAAUCCAAGGAGCAGAUUUUUGAUGACAAGCGUUCGGCAGCCUUCAGGGAGGUCGAAACGAAGUUGGAGAACUUCUAUGGUGAGCACCCAGAAAUGGCAGAGAAGGCAAAAAACUUGAAGGAACAUGGGAUUACAGAGGACCGCCUUGUCAAUGAUUCCUCCUUGGAUCUUGGAGACACUGCAGCUUGCAUCCGGAUCAUGUUCACCAUCCUGGGUCGACAUCUUCUUCUCAAAGUGCUAAGCAUUGGAUCCAAAUGUAUGAGUUUGGACGGCUUGACCGAUGACCAGAAAGUGGAAGAUCGAGCAACAGAGAAUGCUCUGGUCAUCUUGAAAUCGGAUGCUUUCCUGCAGGAGAAUGCCAAUAAAGUCCAGGCAUACAUUGACUACUGCAGCCCUGAGAAGCUGUACGAGAAUCUACCAACCAAGGAGGGCAUUGAUGAGCAGAACACAGAGCUCAUGGAAGCUGUCAAGGCAGUGAAGGCAUGCAUUGCGGCGGCAAAGCGUUCCAUGACAGACUAUGCCCAAAUGAUCAAGUCUACGAAAAAGGCCAGAGAAAAGUACGAGGAGCACAUGGCAAAGGCCAACAACCCGAACAGUUCACACGGAGGCCUUCAGGGGCGACCAAACCUACAACAAAUGGCCGAUUCGGACCCAGAGGUCUUGAAGUGCUUCAAGGCUGUGAUUCGGUCCACUACCUCUGAUGGAGCUGAAGACUCAUCUGCCAAGAAAGCCGUUGAUGAGAUCAAAGAUUCCUUGCUACGCAUGAUGCCGGAGGACGUUUGGAGCGGAGAAGCUGGCUUGUACAUUUCUGACGAGAUCCUGGAAGAGGAAGUACGCACUGGUAUGCAAACCCUUGUUGCUGGCUUUGUCAAGACUGGAGACCUCUGGUACAUUCCGAGCGGGUACCUGUUGGUGGAGAAGUCGCUGACUGAUUCCUCCAUUGCUGUGAGGACAUUGUUGGGGCGCGACCGCGGCGGUGCUGAUGCUGUGUGUGUGGCUUCCAACCCAGUGCUGGACUUGGUCUUGAAUUCUUUGCCGGAUGAAGAGGUUCUGCCACCGACCAAAGAGCAAACAGUCACGGUCUCUCGAAAUAUGGCGAUGGCUGUGCCUACGCCGCCGAAUGAGCCUGAGUUUGAGCAUGGGGCUAGCCAAUCAGUCUUUUGGGAUGAAGAGUCGUUGCCAGUGAAGUUGGGACAGUUGGGACCUGUUGUUGAUGGCUCUGACGGCUCUGACUCCAAGAAUGACAAGGCUCAGGCUGAUGAGAACAAGAACUUGGUGCCGGUGCCGGCUCAGCCUCAGUCUCAGGAGGUUCAGGUCGCGGCAGAGUUGACAGAGGGCCAAGGUGAAACGGCAGCUUCCAAAACGGACAUUGCAGAAACGGAGGCGGCGGACGCAGCAGCGGAGGCAGAGUCAAAGGGAGACCAGAUCAGCAGCAUCUUGAAUGAUGGGGGUGGAGCAGGAGCACCUGAGGCACCUGAAUCACCUGAAGCACCAGCGGCGUCAUCAUCUCAGUUGGCAGCCGCAGCAGAGGCACCCAAGGAGACGGCACCAGAGACUAUGCCCACUCUGGCUCUGACGCCGACGCCAACGGAAGAAGAGAAACCAAAGGAGUCAGAGGUGCCGUCGGAACCCGCAGAAGAAGUACCAGAAGGUGAAGUGGCUGCUCGUGAGGCUGAGGCUGCGGCUGAGGAGGAGGAGGCGAUCAAGGGUGGGAACUCCAAGGUUGAAAAGAGAAAGGGUGUGGCAUCAGCUGAGAAGAAGGCUGCUCCCAAAAAAGCAGCCGCAGCAAAGAAAGCAUCAGCAAAGGCAAAAGCACCAGGCAACAAGGACGCGGAGGCGGCAAAUAGAAAGAGAAAGGGCAGCGGCAAGUCUGAGGCGAUCGCAAAGACCGCCAAGAUUGGCACGUUUUUCAAUCACCAGUAG